GGAGGGGAGUGGGAGGAGCAGUCCCUCGGAUACGCGUGCGUAAAGUGCUUGCUCACGUAAUGGGAGCCCUGCGAGUUUGGAGUUGGGCUUCUGGGGUCUGGCGGCCAGGCCUGGGGACCUGCGCACGGCCGAGGGAUGCAAGCUUCGGCACCGAGGCCCGGCGUCGGCCUAAACCUCAAGGCUCCAGCAAGCGCAAGGACCAGGUCGAAGACCAGCCCUUCCCGGGGCUGCUGCGGACCGAGAACCUCAGCCAGGAGAAGCUAGCUGACGAGCUGAGGGCAGCUGUAGUGGAUCAGAAAGGACCUCUGGUGACACUGAACAAGCCACAGGGUCUGCCUGUGACAGGGAGACCGGGAGAGCUGACGUUGCUGUCUGUGCUGCCACAGCUGAGCCAGGCCCUGGGGCUCGGACACCAGACGCUCCAGGUUGUGCGAGCACCUGGAAAGGAGGCUUCAGGGCUUGUACUCCUCUCCAGCUGUCCCCAAACAGCAAGCCACCUGCAGAAGUUCUUCGCCUACUCAAGGAGAGCCCAGAGGCCCACAGCCACCUACUGUGCUGUCACUGAUGGCAUCCCUGAGCCUUCUGAGGGGUCAGUCCACGUGGCUCUGAAGCUGGAACGCAUGGAUGGCAUCGAUCUUGCGAUCCCAGUGAAGUCCCCAUCUCGAAAGGACAUCCUGGAAGGUGUCAAGAGGACCCUCAGCCAUUUCCAAGUGGUGGCCACGGGCUGUGGCUGUGCCCUGGUCCAGCUGCAGCCACUGUCAGGACUCUCAGAGAACAGAUGGAACACCACAAGGAGACAAUCAGAUAAAACAAAAUGUGGGACAGAGCUACAGGCCAGCCAGCUUGGCCUUCAAAGGACCAGGACGCCAGGAAGAAAACAGCAGAGCUAUCUGUCCUAGAUCAAAGGAGAUCAGGGAGACAAAGCCACCAGUGUAGCCACCUUGGGUACAUGUCAGCCCUCAAAAACAAAUCAGCAGUAACCUGAAAAAAAAAACCUCACGUGCUUUUGCUAAGCCUGGCUCAAUCUCUCCAGGCACCUGGCUACUCAGCUUUUCUGUUGUUUUGAGACAAGGUUUCAUGUAGCUCAGGCUAGCCUCAAGCUUACUAUAUAGCCAAGGAUGACCUUCAAUUCAUCCUCCUGCCAGGUACAGUGGCACACACCUUUGGUCCCAGCACUCAGGAGGGAGAGGCAGAGGCAGGUGAGUUCAAGGUCAGUCUGGUAUACAAAUACAAAAUAAGGCCCAGACAGCCGGGACUCUUGUUCUACAGAGAAAUUCUGUCUCAAAAAAAAAAAAAAAAAAAAAAAAAAAAAAAAACAACAACAA